CGAAGAAACAGAGUCGAGGGUUUUUGCAGUAGCGCGCUGGGGGAAGCGAAAUGGGGAGAAGAAUAUUGAACGAUGCUCUGAGGACCAUCGUCAAUGCCGAGAAGAGAGGUUUUGCAUCGGCUGAGCUCAAGCCUAUCUCCAAUGUCAUGGCGUCUUUCCUGCAGAUCAUGAAGUACAGAGGUUACAUUAAGGAUUUUCAAGUGCACGAUCCGCAUAGGGUUGGGCGGAUAAGCGUGGAGCUGCUGGGGAGGAUUAAGGAUUGUAAAGCGCUCACUUACAGACAAGAUCUUAAGGCUCAGUAUAUUGAGAAAUACAAGACUCGUACUCUUCCAACUCGUCAGUGGGGAUAUGUUGUUAUUACAACACCAAAUGGAGUUUUAGACCAUGAAGAAGCAAUUCGACAAAAUGUUGGCGGCCAAGUGCUUGGAUACUUCUAUUGACGAUCCGACAAUGGGGUGCAUUGCAAAAACAAAGUCCCAAUUGGCUAUGGAAAACUUGAGUUGAAUUAUGAAUGGUACAAGUAGCUUCUUUCAGAACAACUCAUGUCGAUAAUGCUUCUUUUUGCGCGCCUUUUCGAUUGUUCCUUUUGAAAUGCAAUUUUCAAAAGCAGCUAGUUAGUUCAUGGACGAAUGGCCAAAUUUCGGAUUUUCUUUUAGCCCCUAGAGCCUCAUCAAAAGUGCAUUUGCAUUAUACAUCCAUUGAAUUUUUAGUAAUGAUGAAUUGUUACAGAUUUGCCGGAGA